AUGUCAUCGAAAACUACGAAAGAUUCAAAAUUAAAGUCUUAUGAACAAUGUUUAAGACAAGGUAUUCCUCAUGGGAAAAUCUAUGGAUCCGAUUUUACUGAUGGAUAUAUUGUUAAUAGAUAUAUAUAUCCACCAUAUCCUUGGUAUGUUAAUAUGUUAUCAUCUAAUAAUAAACAACGUCAGAAUAAAAAAUCAAAGAAAAUCAAAUCUUUACAAAAAUCAAAAUUUAAGAUAGAAAGAAAACAACGGUUAAAUUCUCGAAAACGAUGA